AUGUUUUCCAGAUCAAUCUUGACAAGAAGCACUAGACACUUGAUUAGCUCAACCACCAUUCAUAGAUUGACCUUGUCAUCAUUUGCCAAAUUUACCCCGGCAUUGCUUACCAAUCAUGGUUUGCCGCGAUAUUAUUCGUUGGAUGCCGCCACUGUCGGGCAUGGCUCAGAAUCUCAACAACAGAAUGAUUUCUCAAUGACCAUGAAUGAUAAAUAUGGUGGUAGUAUCAAUCAGGAAUUGAUGGGGUUGACUAUAUAUAGUGAUGCUAGAUUACCACAGACCACCGAAGAGUAUGAAUUGUACGAUGAUAUUUACAAAUUGAUCCAGGAACGGAUCUUGCCAAACAUUCAAGAAGACGGGGGUAAUAUGGAAUUUCGUGGGUAUGACUUUGACAACGGCACUGUGUUUGUGAAGUUGAGUGGAGCAUGCACUUCAUGCUCGAUGAGUGAGACAACGUUGAAGCAUGGGAUUGAGGGUAUGUUGACAUAUUUUGUUCCAGAAGUAACGGGGGUUAAGCAAGUGUAUGAUCCAGAAGAGCAAAUUGCGAUCUCUGAAUUCGAGAAGUUUGAAAAAAAUCUUAAAGCGAAAUGA